AUUUUAGCAAAUAUUUCAAGCACGAAACAGUGAAAAAGGCAUCCCAAAUUUCGUUAAAAUUGGGGACGCCAAUUUCGUAGCUACAAAUGUAAAAAAAUACAAAACAAAGACGAAAAACAUUUACCUUGAAUACUUUGUCGUGGCUUAGGCAUGUUUUUGAAACAAUUACACCGGUUUGUGCUUCAAUAUUGCUCUUAUAAGGCGGAAAAUAUAGCGAAACAACAAAAAUGCAGAGAACUUUGCAAUACGCGUGACGUCACAGAUUGCAACUAGGUUGUUUUUGCUUACGUCAGCGAGAGUCCUAUCCAUUUAUUUUAUUAUCCAUGACCUUACUAACCAUAUCGAAGAUCUAUUUUGUAUAAAUUGUAAAUAUUUACUAAAUUGUAAUUGUAUUCAUUACUAAUUUUUUUUUUUUUCUCAUGUAAAUAGUCGUAAUCUUUAAUACUUCUUAUGUCUGUAAAUAUCAAAAUAGUGCGAGGGCCGUAUGUUAGAUAACUUUUAUGGUUAAUACGUUUUCCCUCGUGAAAUAAACUUUCUAUUCUAUUCUAUUCUUGUAAUUCAGCUUACAUGUAGCUCUCAGCUGCAAGUAAGGAUGAUUAGCACGCCCCACUUACUUACUUACUAUUUUUUCCACCGUAUGUUUUUUGUAUAGGGAAUGACACUUCUUCACUGGGCGUGUGACAAAGGCUACCAAGACAUUGUGGAAUAUCUUAUUAAAACAAAGUGUGACAUAAACUCCCAAGUAAGUAUACUACUGUCUGUACAAGUGUGUAAAAUCAAGACCAAUACCUCUGGAUUAACAUACCACACAUAUUGGAUUCAUACACUAAUGUAGGAUGUCCAGUCCACAUAUUAUACAACAAGCUUUGCAGAUAUGAUUGUGAGAUGAUGUAGGCUGACUUAGGCAUGAAUGAUAGGUUUUUGUGGUCUCCAAGAAACGCUGUUCCAUUUUUGAGUAAACGUAAAUUGUACAUUUUGAAAUUACCUUUUUUCAUUUUUAUGAUAACAAGGAUAGCGAAGGCCAAACUCCAUUACAUUAUGGUAAGUUGAACAAUCAUGGCAUUAUUGACUCAAAGCUAGGUUAGCUCAACCCUAGGUCAACCUAAAAUUCAAGCAAACUCCCUGACAGCUUGUCUAUAAAUUUGGAAAUAUUUCUUCAGAGAUCUUGUCUGGAGCGAUAGGAGUUUACUUUCUCUCAAGUUUUGAAAUAAACAGACGCGUAGAAAUACACAAAGUAUUUCUUUCUACCUCUUCUCUCUUUUCAUCUACUGUGCUUCUAACCUUCCAUUUCUCUUUUCUAUUUCAUAUAUUUUGUAAUUUUGUCUGUUCUGUAAUAUUUAGUGGUGAGCACCCUGCAUGGGACAUGGUCUCGUUUGUGCUUCGCCUCUUUUGGCAUCUGUUUGGCAUGUUAGGUCAACCUAAAAUUCAAGCAAACUUCCCGACAGCUUGUCUAUAAAUUUGGAAAUAUUUCUUCAGAGAUCUUGUCUGGAUCGAUAGUUUACUUUCUCUCAAGUUUUGAAAUAAACAGACGUGUAGAAAUACACUAACUAAAACAGCAGAUUAAAUUUUAACCCGGGGUUAGCGCUAACCCACCUUUGAACAACCGGCACCUGAUCUCGAAUAUGAAGACGCCCUAAUGGAAAGUGGGUUACUAAGACUCAGUGCUAAGACUCCACGAGAAGAGGGACAAGGCUUAUGAGAAAUUUUUUAAUCAAAUUUUUUAAAAUCCUAAUAUUAACACGUAUCUUCUUGUUAUAAUUAUUAAGAAAACUUUAAAGAUGCUGUAAUGUCCGUAAUGUAAACAAACGCUUUGUUUACAUUUUGAAUUCAGUGCUACAGUUAUAAAACAUGUACUAGAUAAAACAUGAGCAGCCGAUCUGUAUCUGAUAUACAAACUCGAGCCGAAGGCGAGAGUUUGUAUAUCAGAUACAGAUCGGAUGCGAAUGUUUUAUUGUACUUAAAAAAUGACCCAUCUUGUGAGUUCUUUGGCGAAGUAAUUUUAAAAAUAAACAUUGUCUAAGCCAAGAAAAUCAAAGCUGAAGUUUAUGUAAAUCAGGACAAAUCUUUAUCCGAUUUACAAACAUUGAUUAAACAUUCAUUUCUUUUGUAUUUUCCUCGUGAAUUAUUAAUGAGUUUUUUAAGUACUAUUUACAACAUGAGCGGCCGUGUUGUAUCGGAUAUACAAACUCGAGCGCGAAUGUUGUAUAAAUGGCUUAAAAAACGACUCAUCUUAUGAGUUCAUUGGCGAAGUAAUUUUAAAAAUAAACGUUGUCUAAGCCGAGAAAAUCAAAGUUAAAGUUUAUGUAAAUCAACAUGAAUCUGUAUCACUUAUACAUACUCCUUCACGCCCGUGAUUUCUUUUGUAUUUUCUUCAUGAAUUAUUAAUGUCCUGAGUUUUUUAAGAUUAGAUAUAUAUAUUAUACUGAAUUUUUAACACUCUUCUGGUUCGCUAUGCUUGUAAAUGAAUACAGACCAGAGAUUCAAUUCAAGAAAGUUCGGAAGGUGCGAAAUAUUAAUAACAUUCCAAUGGUUGGGCCCGACCGUUGGAAUGUAUAGGCCUGCGCAGAACGGACUUUACAGCAUCUUUAAAACAGAAUGAUACAAAAACUCCUUUUUAAUAACACAUUUUUAGCUGUAAUAUAAUUAGUAUAGUGGAACAAUGUAAUCACUAUAUGUAAGUCAGUAACAUUGCUACAAAGUGAGUGAUAAUUAUACUAUCUAUCUUUAUACAACUUUCAAACACUCAUUAAUAAUUCAUAAGCUUAUUGGCAAAUCAUGUCAACCAUAAUAUGUCACGUGCAGUGGCUUUAAACCUGAUGAAACACUCCUAAUUAGUAUUCUUUAUAUAAAGAAUACUGAUCAGGCAGUAUCUAUUGUAGUCGUGUCCUCAUUAGUAUUUUUUAUAUAAAGAAUACUAGUGUCUAGUAAGGCAGUAUAUCUAUUGAAUUUGUAGUCGUGUUUGAAGCCGUUUAAUAAACUCGCAGGUCGUGUUUUACGGUAUUAGGUCAAAAGCCACUCGCGCUGCGCGCUCGUGUCUUUAAGGCCCCGAUUACACUAUACCGGACUGCAUCGAAGCGACGCGAUUGCUGUACCGGAUUGGCCUCUUGUUUACACUACGCCACUGUAAUCCGGUACGUGCCGCGGCGCGAAAAUCACUUCGCUUUGGAGGUGAUAUGAAAAGUAAUCCGGUACGUGCUGUACCGGAUAAAACCAAGUGUAAUCAGGCAAUCCGGUACGCUCCGGUACUAUAAAUGGGUUUCGGCAAGUAUAUUUUAACAUUGUCGUUUUAUUUACUCGCUUUUAAAUAUUUUAUAGCUGUUGUUUGCUUCGCUUUACAAUUAUUUAUUAUUUCUAGCGAAGACAAAUAAAGAUAGCGGUAAUAACAUUGACUUCUUGCUUUCAAAAGGGCAAAAUUUAAUGAAAUACUCGUCAAUUUUCGAUAAGAGCGAGACAAAGCAACGUCGGGUGGUCAUGAAAGCUUUGUAAACAAAGUUAUAAUUCACAAGUACUGUCGAGAAAACGUCCAAAAUGGUCAAAACUUAUUAUUUGUUUCCGUGGCAACGAUAAAAGAUACGAGCUGGCGACAGAGCGAAGCGGCAUAGUGUAAACACCCUUGAUUUUGGCUUCGGUGUGAAAAUUGAUCCGGUAUGAAAAUCAAUCCGGUAUAGUGUAAUCCCAGCCUAAACCUAAUAAAACACUCCUGCUCGUUUAUUAAACAGUAUUUAAAUUAUAUCAACUGUGGUAUUUUUCCUUCUUCAUUUCAGCUGUAAUUUGUGAAUUUGAAUCAAUUGUAAAAACGCUGCUUUCCGCAGGAGCAAAGACGAAUUUAACAGAUAAUGAGGGCAACGUUCCAUCUAAUCUAACAUCGCAAUCUAAAUUCCUAGAACUGUUAUCUGCCAGAUAACGCUUGUAACAAUUUACCAUUUAAUGUAAACUGAACAUUAUUAAUUGGUUGUUUAUACUCCAGAGAAGACUUAUUAACAAGAACAUGAGAUUGUAUUAUAUUUUAUUGUUAUUUAAUUUAUAAAAAUAAAUUUAAUUAUUUUAAUUAUUUUCAUUGGUGUUCUUCAAACAUUUCAAUCAGUUAUUCUUUCGAUUCGGUCACUUGUCUGCUAGCCACCAGUCCAGUAAUUGUGGCACAAAAUAUGUUAUGAUCAAAUCUGCUCCUAUAUAAUGAAUCAAAGUUACAAAUGG